GACAAUCAGUACAAGUCAGGCUAUUAGUGCAAGCAAAUGCGGGCACUAUAAAGUUUGGCUCUAAUUGUUGUUACUGAAAGUGUGUGUGUGAUUUCGUUUAGUUUCUAUUAAUUAAAAGUUUGCUAAGUUAUUUAUGUAAAAAGUGUUUCAUUAAUUAUUGUAUAUACAAAAAAUUGGUAAAAUAAAUAGUCAAUGGCUGGUAGUCUACAAAGACCGUUAUAUAAUGUGCACAAAAAAUCAUUUACCGUCAACGCCUGCACUGCAGCCAAAGGUGGCAAAAGUUUGAGCUGGAUGUCACAACUUCAUUGGCAUCUGGCUGCAGGCAUUUGUGUGACUAUCAUCAUUUCAUCUAUGAGUCAAGUCGUUCAAGCUGGUCGUUGUAACGUCAAUCAAUAUGCCUGCAAAGAUGGUAGCUGCAUUCCGAAAAGCAAAAUGUGUGAUGGUCGCUAUGAUUGCUCUGAUAAUUCAGAUGAAAUUGAUUGUGACUUCAAAAUGUGCCGCAAGCCCAAUUGGUUUCAAUGCUCUACACCACAUGGGCCCUGCUUAUCUUCGGAUCUGUUGUGCAAUGACAUUGAAAAUUGCCCCGGUGGCGAAGAUGAGGCCAAUUGUCCACAUCACGAGCGCAGUGGAGUCACUGAUUUUGGCAUCGGUGGCUGGCUGACCAUACAUCGUGAUUGUACUCAGUACGAGUACACCUGCAAAUCGGACAAAUUAUGCAUACCCCUCAAUUUUAUGUGUGAUGGCAAAAAAGAUUGCACCGACAAUUCAGACGAAGAGGCCGGUUGUCUAAAUGCCGAGGCAAAUUGUGCGGGCUUCUUUUGUGCCAAUAAACGUUGUUUGGAGAGCAAGAGAUGGGUAUGCGAUGGCAAUGAUGAUUGUGGCGAUGGAAGUGAUGAAAAAAUAUGUGCCGAUACUUGCAUCCCUCAGCUGGAUAAAUUUCUUUGUCGCGACAACAUGACAUGUCUACCCCUAGAGAAAGCCUGUGAUGGCAAUGUCGAUUGUCCCGAUCGCUCAGAUGAAUCGUUCCGUUGCAAUCAAACAGCAAACAGCUGUAAAACGAAGACAUGUCCCCCGGCAGCCAUGUGCAAAAUGAUGCCACAAACCGGAGCCGAAUGCAUUUGUCCCAAAGGCUUCAAACAUUCCAAGCGUGACGACUUAUGUGUGGACAUAGAUGAGUGUGUCGAACAGUAUGGGGUAUGCAGUCAAAUGUGCGUCAAUACACCGGGUAGAUAUCGCUGCCUGUGCGAUGAAGGCUACAGGCUGCGUGAGGAUAACCACACCUGUGAGGCGGUCGGUGAGGAGGCUUUACUGCUGUAUACAACUCAGGUGACUGUGAUGGGAGUGCAUCUGAGAUCACGACGUGUCUAUACAGUGGCUAAGAAUCUGACAAAGGUGAUAGGAGUGGCAUACAAUGGAGAGCAUAUCUACUGGACGAAUAUACAAAAUGAAGCCGAAAGUAUAGUGAGGGCAAAUCCGGAUGGCUCACAACAGGAGAUACUAUUGACCUCAGGGCUAGAUGCUCCCGAAGAUUUGGCAGUGGAUUGGCUGACUGGCAACAUUUACUUUUCGGAUAAUGUUAUGCAUCAUAUAGCCGUCUGCUCCAAUGAUGGCCACUACUGUACAGUCCUAGUCACCGAAGAUGUGCAUCAACCUCGCGGUGUUGCUUUGUGGCCGCAACGUGCCCAAAUAUUUUGGUCUGAUUGGGGUGUUACGCCCAUGAUAGCCCGCGCCUCCAUGGAUGGCACAAACUCCAAACGUUUGGUCACCGACAAGAUUCAUUGGCCCAAUGGUGUGGCCUUGGAUGUGCAUAGCGAACGCAUCUAUUGGGUCGAUGCCAAACUGGCUACCAUCGAAAGUGUGCGUUCCGAUGGCACAGAUCGUCGCACCGUUUUGGAAGAUAUACUUAAACAUCCCUAUGGUCUGGCCAUUUUCGAAGAGAAGUUGUUUUGGUCCGACUGGGGUACCAAGUCCGUACACUCCUGCAAUAAGUUCACGGGAAAAGAUCACAAGAUCAUAACCAAAGAUCGCACAAUUUAUGCUUUGCACAUUUACCAUUCGGCCAAGCAGCCGAAAAUACCACACGCCUGUGAAAGGGCUCGUUGCUCCCAUCUCUGCUUGCUGGCGGAGAAUAACAGCUACUCGUGUGCCUGUCCCGACGGCAUGCAGUUGGGACCCAAUCGUAUGCGCUGCAUGCGAACUCAAAAGAAACAGCGUUUGUUCUUGGGUGUGCGCAGCAAUCUGGUGCAGAUGGAGCACACCACCUUUGGUCGUCACACCAUAUCCUCCACCAAUGCCCUUGACGUGUUCGUCCACGAAUUGGCCUUCAACAGCAUCAAUAAUACUGUUUUCAUAGCAGAUAACUAUCAGCAUGUCAUUGCUGAGUUUGAGGUGAAAGGAGAGAAACUAACGAAACUUGUGCGUGGUAAUUUGGGCAAUGUGACAGCCUUGGCUUUUGAUCACUUGGCCUAUAAUCUGUACUGGAGUGACUCUGAAAGGCAUGUCAUUGAGGUCUUCUCCCUACAAACCAAACAGAGGGCCAUAGUUUGCUUUUUCUCCGGCUUGGAGGCCCCCAUAAGUUUGGCUGUUAUGCCUGAAGAUGGCAUGAUGUUUAUCGCUUUGAAGUCCCGUCGCCAUGUCCACAUCGAUCAAAGAUCUUUGAACGGACAGGGAGAUCAUGUCCAUGUCUUUGAGGAUGAAUUGGGUGAUGAUGACAUUGAAUUUGCUGUUGACUACGAAACAAAUACCCUAUACUGGGCCGACAGUGAUCUGGGGCGCAUCUCCUUUACCGACUAUCGUAAUCUGCAUGCCUACACCUUUAGAGGACGCCUGAAGAGGCCCUACUCCAUAGCCAUAGUGGAUGAGGAUUUGUUCUGGACCGAAUUGAAAUCCAAUACCAUACACUGGACCCAUAAAAGCAACAUGGGUCCCCUCAAACGUUUCGACCUAAUAGUCAAUCGGGAGCUAUACAGUGCGGUUUCCUUGCCGACCAAAAUACCUCUGCUGGCCAGUUCCCCACCCAAUGUGGUGGAUCAUCCUUGCCAGCAUUGGAAUGGUGGAUGUUCUCACAUUUGUGUUACCCUAGGCAAAUUUGCAUCUAGCUGCCUAUGUCCAGCUGGCUUGGUCUUCAAGGAUGCCAGCAAUAGAACUUGCAUUGAGGCUUUGGACUGUGAGUUCCGCUGUAAUACGGGUGAAUGUUUGACGUUAUCACGCAAAUGCAAUGGACGCCCAGACUGCCCUGAUGCUUCAGAUGAAGCAAAUUGUGAUCCAGCCAAAGGUAAAAAGCCCCAGGUCAUUUGUGCUGUGGGCGAAUUCAGAUGUCGCAAUGGGGAACAGUGUAUAGAGGGAGAUAAGAGAUGUGAUGGCAAGGGUCAAUGUAAAGAUCGUUCCGACGAAGAUCAUUGUCAGAAUUUUGAUAAAUCCAAGUUUUGCCACCGUCAUCAACAUGUUUGCGAUAAUGGCAACUGUGUUGACUUUAGCGUUAUGUGCGAUGGCACCAAUGAUUGUGGCGAUAAUUCCGAUGAGAAAGAUUGCAAAACCAUACGCGGCAAAGAAGCUAGCACCGAAAAGAUGGCCUGCGAUAAGGAUAUGUUCCAGUGUAAUACCGGAACUUGUUUGGCCAAAAGUUGGGAGUGUGAUGGAAAAAUUGAUUGCAUAGAUGGUUCAGAUGAGCAUGACAAGUGUGGAAUCAAAGAAUGUCCUCCUAAAACUAUGCACAAAUGCCUCCUGGGUCAGUGCAUUGAUCGCAGCCUGGUAUGUGAUGGCAACAACGAUUGUGGAGAUACAUCCGAUGAACAAAACUGUGAUAUGACUUAUGGUAUGAAACGCAAAAUGACUUGUGGCAGCGAAAAGUUUCCCAUGUUUCAGUGCUCCAGUGAUCCGAAUGUCUGCCUAGAAAUGAGUGCCAAAUGCAAUGGAUCCGCCGAAUGUCCACGUGGCGAUGAUGAAGCCGAAUGUGGUCACAUUUGCAGCAUCUAUGAAUUCCAAUGCAAAACAAGCAAGGAGUGUGUGCGCAAUGAGUUCCGUUGUGAUCACGAAAAAGAUUGCACCGAUGGCUCCGACGAAGAUCAUUGCGAACAUCAUCGUGCUUGGAAUGGUACCACAGGCACUCAACCUUCAAACGAAAAGGCUUGUGAUCCGAAAAUGUUCGACUGCGGCAAUGGCCGUUGUGUGGAUGAGUCCAGAGUGUGCAACGGGUUUGAAGAUUGCGAAAACGGAGCCGACGAGGGACCGCUGUGUAAGACCGCCUGUGAUCCCAAAUCCGGACAACGCAUGUGCCAGAACAAAUGUCGUGCCACUCCUUCGGGAGCUGUUUGUUCAUGCUUUAACGGCUAUAAAUUGGAUUCAGAUCGCCGCACCUGUCUGGAUGUCAAUGAAUGCGAGGAAUUGGAUCCUUGUGCUCAAGUCUGUGAAAAUAACCUGGGCUCAUAUCGUUGCUCUUGCUAUCCGGAAUUUAUGAUGAGACCCGAUAAAACUUCCUGCAAGUCCAUUGAGAGUGAAAAGUCGCUGCUUUUCUCCACCUACGAUGAAGUUCGCAGCAUGACUGAGCAACCCAUCAUGCUGAAAGUGGCCUGGAAGGCCAAUGAUUCUAAGAUCAAUGGCUUUGAUGUGAACAUAAGAACGCGCAAGGGUUAUUUUACCACAGAUAUGGAAAAUAUUUUAUAUAUGGUCGAUGUGGAUACAGGUAUAGUAAUGGCGGCCCUGCACGUAGAGAUGCCAAGUAAAGUGGCCGUAGAUUGGAUAACAGGCAACGUCUAUGUCAUCAGCCGUUCUAGCCAAUAUCGCAUAGAGGUCUGCUCUUUCACCGCUAAAAUGUGUGGUGCCCUGGUCAAAAUGCAGCCCCAUGAAACACUCAAAACUCUGGCCGUAGAUGCUUACAAUCGCAAAUUGUUCUUUGUGAUUAUGGAAGCUCAUGCCUUUGGCAGCCACAAAUCUCGCAUAGCCUCCACCAGUUUGGAUGGUGGCGGUAAACGCGAAACUCUACUUUACAAGGAUAUGACCUAUAUUACCACUUUGGCCUGUGAUCCUUACAAGAAAGUUCUCUACUAUACCGAGUCCAUUUCGAAAACUCUGCAGUCCAUUAGCUAUCGCAAUGGGGCCGAACGUACCCCCACCACCUUAAUUCACAAAGGAAAUGUUGUUAUGCAUCCUUCCGGUUUGACCUGGUACGAGAAUCAGGUUUUCAUUGUAAAUUUGGGUGCCAAAGAGGCGGUGCACUGUUAUUUGUAUGGCUCCAAGACAUGCAAAGCCUUCAAUCUGAACAUACUCAAUGCCGAAGAUAUUAUGGUGGAUGGGAUCUCGCGUCAGCCCAUGAAUAGAAAUCCCUGUGUUAUGGCCAGAUGUCGAGGUAUGUGUGUGCUCACAGAGUUUAGCUAUGAGUGUAUGUGCGGUGAUUUCAUAGUCAGCGAGAGCAAGGUUUGCGAUUCGACCAAUGCCAUAUCCUCCAGUGUUUUGCUUAAGCAGCAAUCUUCAGAUGGCCACGAAGGAGCGACUUCUCACGUUGGCGUUUUUGUGACACUGAUGUUGCUGUUGGCUGCUUUUGCCAUUUGUGGCUUGGGGUAUUUUUAUUAUCGUCGCAAAGGGCAGGGCCGUGAUUUCAUUCGUAACCUGCAAUUCCAGAAUCCUCUGUCAUCAAUAUUGCCACACUCAAGGGCUUCAAAAACCGCAACCAUGGACAGUGGACUCAUCAGCAGUGCAACGGGAAGUUCGACAGGCACCACAACUGCUUCGUUCGAUGUGGACCACGACAAAAUGUAUUUCGGCUCCAAGAUUCAAAACUUUUUGUCGCGAACAACGUCAAACAAUAACACGGAAAUUCAUCUCGAAACUUCCAAGCCACGCUCCGUUGUCUCAGAGGGACCGUCCGACGCCCUCCUACCAAAUAUUUUGGUCGAGGACACCUAUGAUGACAUUACACAACCAGAUGACAUGGUUGGAGGAACCCGGCUUGUACCCUAGAUAAAAUUUGGAAUGCAUUCUUUUAGCUACUAUUUAGCAUACCCUAAUAUUUGUAACGAGCAUUUUAUGUAAAUACGCAUGUAUCUAUUUAUUAUUUUUUAUGUAAAAAUUUUUAUAUUUUUGUUAAUUUUUUUUUUGCUUGUAAUUUAUUGUUAUUAAGGCUGUAAGGAUAAUGUAUUCAACUUAAAUUAUUUAAAAAAAAGUCAACAUUUAUAACAGGUGUACUGUAAAAAAAACUAUAAUUUUUCCUUUAAACAUUAAGAUUAUGACGCCGAACGCCUGGGUUCAAAUACCGGACAUCAGACUAAUGCUGGCUACAUUAAUGAGCAAUCCCAUGGCAGCCGAUUGUACGCUCCGGAAUGACCCGAUGGAACUCUUCGUCGGCAAGGGCUGCCGCCUCAGUGUACGUGUUCGUCUUUUUAUACUCUACACCACCGCUGUGGUACAGGGUAUUAUAGAUUUGUGCAUUUGUUUGCAAUGCUAAGAAGGAGAAGAGCUAGACCCAUCGAUAAGUAUACGGAUCGGCUUAGAAUCACUUCCUGAUUCGAUUUACCUAUGUCCGUCUGUCCGCCUGUCUGUCCAUAUAUUCUUGUAAUCAAGGUACAGGUCGCAAUAGUUGUCCGAUUUUCACAAAUUUUACAUAAGUGUCUUUUUUGGUCCAAGGACGAAUGCUAUUUAUUUUGUUCCAGAUUUAGAUAUGGCUCCCAUAUAUAUUUUUCAUCCGAUGUACGCUUUGAAGCCGUAGAAGUCACAACUUUGGUCUGAUCUUUACAAAAUUUGGCACGGAGUGCUUUUUGUGACGUCCCAAUAUGUUUGCAAAAUUUCAUCUAAAUCGGUUCAGAUUUAGAUAUAGGUCCCAUAUACAACUUUCGUCCGAUUUGACCUAUUAAGGCUUUAGAAGACACAAUUUUUGUCCGAUCUUUACAAAAUUUGGCACGAAGUGCUUUUUGUGACUUCCCAAUAUGUGCGCAAAAUUUCAUCAUAAUCGGAUCAGAUUUAUAUAUAGCUCCCAUAUAUAUCUUUCAUCCGAUAUGGUCUUUUAAGGCUGCAGCAGGCACAAUU